AUGGAAGUAGCAGUCCGUGGACACCACCCCGUUUCCUGCACGACCCAGCGUAAAGAAUUCAACAUUGAAAAGUUCUGGGAAUUGGAGGCUAUUGGCAUUUCAGCGUGCAAUGAGCUAAGCGAUGCCUCUCAAACUGCCGAAAUAGAACUUGUAGAUGGCAGAUAUUCAGCGAAGAUGCCAUGGAAAAUAGCGAAGGAGCACUUGCGCGACACUAACAGUGUGGCAUUGUCGCGGCUGAGUCGGUUGACCAACAAGCUUAUGCGAGACUACGAUAAAAUGCAAGAAUAUGAUGAUGGAAUGCGGCAGUUGUUGAGCGAUAGCUGUGCAGAAGCAGUGUCAGAAAAAUCGAGCGGUAACAGCUACUAUGUGCCGCAUCGCCCAGUAUACCGAGAUGACAAAGAAACGACAAAAAUGCGUAUUGACUUUGAUGCCUCUUGCUUACUGAUUUAA